CCGAUUCGAUUUUGACAUGCAGUUUGCGGUGCAAGGCUUAAAAGAUUUUCUUUCACGUCCUUGUUUUAAAUACGAUCUGCCGUUUCUGAUGCAUCUUGCCGUGACAUUGAAAAACGCGUAAGGACAAAAAACGCAAUCAACGAGAGAGAGAGAGAGAUUGAGAGAGAGAGAACGAAAUAGAGAAAGAGAGGGAGCGCGCGAUCCAUCGGCGCAGGACCGAGCGAGUCCUCCGGUUAGCUCAGAGCUCUGCGUCUCUCAACAAUCAAAAACUGAGAUUUGCUCAAAGAAACAGAGAUUUUCCAGCGGGACGUUUGCGGUGAUCCAUUGAGCUCAUCCACCACGCAUCACACUCGGUUCUGCUGAGGAGAGGGAGAGAGAGAGAGGGGGGAAAGAACGGUGCUGAAUGAACAGUGAAUGAAUGCAGAGCGGUCCAACGAGGCGUCUGGACGCGGACCGGUUCGUGGGAUUUCAGAGUCCAGAAUAAAGAGGGAUGAAUUGAUGGUGUGUUUACGGAAUGACGGCGGACCAGAUGGGCAUCAUCAUGACUUGGCUGUGGAUUUUCACUUUGACCAUCAGCGUGAACAGAGUGUUCGGUGGUCCGCGGUUCUCUCAGGAGCCGGCAGAUCAGUCAGUGGUGGUCGGCGAGAGGGUGGUUCUGUCCUGUGUGGUGUUUAACUAUACCGGCAUUGUACAGUGGACCAAAGAUGGACUUGCUCUUGGCAUCGGAGAGGAUCUGAGAGCAUGGCCGCGGUAUCGUGUUUUGCGUAUAAUGGACGUUGGGCAGUUUAAUCUGGAAAUUACGUCAGCAGACCUGUCGGAUGAUUCGCUGUACGAGUGUCAAGCCACUGAAGCCGCUUUGAGAUCCAGAAGAGCCAAACUUACUGUUCUUAUCCCACCUGAAGGUCCUGGUAUUGAGGGCUCUCCAGAGAUCCUGUUAACCGCUGGAUCCACAUAUAACCUCACCUGUGUGUCUCGAGGAGCAAAGCCAAUGUCGACAAUAGAAUGGUUCAAAGACGGGAUUAUAGUGGAGGGAGCACAUACUAGCACUGAGGUGUUACCAGACAGAAAGAGAGUGACCACACGGAGUUUUCUGGAGAUCCAUCCAGUGGAUACAGACACGGGACGAAAUUUCACCUGUGUGGCCUCAAACCUGGCCACCCCUCUGGGGAAGAAGACCACCGUGACUCUCAACAUCCACCAUCCUCCCACAGUGAUUCUGUCCAUAGAGCCUCGCUCUGUUUUAGAAGGAGAGAGGGUUAAGUUUACGUGCCAGGCCACGGCCAACCCUCCCAUUAUGGGUUACAGGUGGGCUAAGGGUGGUGUGAUUUUAGACGGAGCGAGAGAAAGUGUGUUUGAGACCACAGCAGAUCACUCGUUCUUCACCGAGCCUGUGUCCUGUAUGGUGUUUAACGCAGUGGGCAGCACUAACGUCAGUAUAUUGGUGGACGUCCACUUUGGUCCAAUUCUGGUGGUGGAACCGAGGCCUGUAACAGUAGAUGUUGACUCUGAUGUCACACUCAAUUGUAAGUGGUCAGGAAAUCCUCCACUCACCCUCACAUGGACCAAGAAGGGCUCCAGUAUGGUCCUCAGUAAUAAUAAUCAGUUAUUCCUGAAGUCUGUGAGUCAGGUGGAUGCUGGGCAGUAUGUGUGUAAAGCCAUUGUUCCCAGAAUCGGCGUUGGUGAGACCGAGGUCACGCUCACUGUCAAUGGUCCUCCGAUCAUCUCAAACGAGCCAAUCCAGUAUGCCGUGAGAGGAGAGAAGGGAGAAAUCAAGUGCUACAUUGCCAGCACCCCUCCGCCGGACAAAAUCGUAUGGGCGUGGAAGGAGAAUGUGUGGGAGAAAGAGAGAGGGACGCUGUUAGAGAGAUAUACAGUGGAGCAGAGCAGACCUGUGUCACAAGGAGGCGCUGUUCUCUCAACUCUCACCAUCAACAAUGUGAUGGAAUCUGACUUUCAGACCACUUAUAACUGCACUGCAUGGAACGCUUUCGGGCCGGGAACCAUGAUCAUAACUCUAGAGGAGACAGAUAUAGUGCCUGUAGGAGUGAUAGCAGGUGGAUCCGUUGGAUCUUCCAUUCUGCUGCUGCUUCUCCUGUUUUCUCUUAUAUUCUAUCUCUAUCGACAACGCAAAGGGAGUCGUCGUGGAGUCACGCUGAAACCGGACAUUAAGGUGGAAACGGUCAACAAGGAGAGCCACAGUCUUGAGGAAGAGACCGCCAGCGCAUCCACUGCAACGCGAAUGGUAAAGGCAAUGUAUUCUUUUCUUCCCUCUGUCUCCCUCUCUCCCUCCACACAGCCUUUCAAAGACGACAUGGACCUGAAGCAAGACCUUCACAACGACACUAUGGAGACCAAGGUGGAUGACUACGAGCCUAAGGAUCCCACUAAUGGCUACUACAAUGUUCGAGCUACGACGCACGAGGACGUCCGAGCUUCUUCCCGCUCCUUGCUCUACCAAGAAUUCCGUCCUCUGAAUCCAGCGUCGGUAUCAGCAACAGCCGGCGGCCCGGUGCCCAACAUUCACCCUGCGCCCAUGGCCCGUUACGAACCACGGCCGGGUUCCCGAAUGGCUCACAACACAUAUUUUAACACCAUCGCCAGGGUGUCACAAAGUCAAGCGCCGGCCAACCCCAUCUCCAAGACCACAGACUAUCCGGGAGAUCGCGGGCUGCUGGAAUCAACCAAUCCGCUAGCUUUUGACAGCUAUGCUUAUUCAACAACACCUCAGUACAGAUUAGGGUUCGCCCCACCUUUGGAAGGAGGACCGGCUUAUGAAAUGUAUCCUACGGGACCUACGGGACAAGGGGCAGGGACAAGUCAAGGGGCAGGGACAAGUCAAGGGGCAGGGACAAGUCAAGGGGCGGGGCAAGAAACCAGUGUGGGAAAAUACACCAGCUCCGCCCAAUUUCCAUAUUCGACCCCUCCUACGGAGUACUCGCAGAGACACACGCAAAGAAUGCAGACUCAUGUGUGAGACAAACACACACGCUGGCACAUUUGUGCACACAAAAGUCUCUUUUCUACCUUUACAUCAAUAUUGCGAUAGAUGCCGACUUUACAAAAAAAGAAAAAGUGCCAAAUUACGGUUGAUUAAAAAAAUGAGCCAAUCAGAAAAAGAAAACUCAUAAGAGGUUACAGCGAGAGGGCAUGCACCAUAACAGAGAGCUUCGUCUACCUUACAACCAAAUGUGAGGUAGAAGUGACAAAUCCAAUUCUCAGAAAUUCUGUUCUCUCUUUAUCUUCAUGUCUGACCCUCCACACCAUAAUAAACUCUUGCAAACCAACCAUUGGACGGUUUUGACUGUGUAAGGUGUGACCGUCAUUAGGAAUGACCAAUAAGAAAGGCUGGAGGGCAUCAGAAGCCAUCAACUAUUGGAAGUGAAAGCCCAGUGAAAGCCGGAUUGUUAUGCACAGGAUAGGAGUAUGCAACUUGUGCCACCACACAACUUAAUAAAUACGACGCGUUUUAACAUUGUGUGAAUUUGGGGCAGGCUCACGAUGAUUGUAUUAUUUACUGCAAACGUACAACAUAAGCAAUGAACACUGCAGAAAAUCAGUUGAAGGAUACGGCAACAGUUGACAAUCGUUUGUGAAAUAAUUUACUGUACCGUACGGUGACCUCACAACAAGCAACUCUGUGCAGAUGGGCCACCCAACACACGGUUUCUAAAGCGUAAUGCCUGCACUGCCCAAGGAUUAGCUUUCUGCUGCCAGUUUGGACUCUUCUGACCGGGAUGGAGAUCUGAGUAUCUGGAUAAAUACCACCAGUGCUUUUAACUCUGAAAGCUGGAGUUUGUAACAUGUAGGAUGUUUUUUUAAAUAGACGCUAUUCACCAGACUCUCUCGUGAACACAAGCUCUGCCUCCUUCCAAGAAAACCUCACAAGUAUUUGACACUUUAAGUGUUUAUAUAUAUAUAUAUAUGUACGUGCGUGUGAGUGUUUUUGCUCAUGUAAUGUGCAGGAUGAUUUUGAAUGUGCAAUCUUCAUUUGUUCAGUUUCUUUUUUCAAAAGUGUCCACGUAUUCGUCCGUCACUUUCAAAGUAGAGUAGUGUGCUUUUCCAUAUUUGUAUCUAAACCGAAUUGCAUUUGAAAGCGCUUUUAUAGUAUUUUUCUAAGGUGGUGAAAAAACGAUAAAAGAUUGAAUGGUUUUUGGUAAGCAGUGUAAAGGAGAAAAGUGUUUUUAAAAACAUUUUUAACAUUUAUGAUUUGUACAUUUGUCUGCAUUCUGUAAAGAGAAAUUGAGCAGAAUUGAUCAUUAAGGUAAAAAAAUAAGCAGUGACAUUUGACCCUUAAGUUUCUGAGACACCAGUGUAACAUGAUCAAAUUUAUAUGCAAAUUGAUUUGCACUGUUUGACUCUUAACAGACUUUUGUCCUCUGCAGUCACUCAACGUUUGUGCAGAACAUCUUUCGCUGCUGUUGAGAUUAAAUCUGGCUGGAUUUCAUUUAGCCUGAACUGAAGACUUAAGCCUUGGUACAAAAUAAAAUAAAAACAAAAUGAUUAUAAACUCCACAUUCAUGAGGAAGAGAACUGUACAGCACUAUAGAUCUUAACAGGAGAAGCUUUGUUGAAAAUGGGAUCACAUUUACUCUUAAAAAUAAAGGUGAUACAAAGGUUUUUUUUUACAGUUAUUGCAUAGAAAAAUCCUUUUUGGCUGCUUAAAAAUAUUCAGUCACAGUUCCGUUUGUGUACAAUGCUCCAGAUAUGAGCUGAUGUCUUACGAGGACCCGGAUUAUGCCCUGAUCCCAUGCCCAUUCUCCUGCCUACUUAGCUAUGUAUAGGCAAUAAAACACGAAAUAAAAUAUUAAACAAAAAAUGUAUAGGUUCUUAAAGAAAUAAUUUCUUAACUUUUUCUUACGUCGUCAUAAAGAACCUUUUUUGCACCAGAAUGUUAAAGGUUCUGUAUACUGCCAAAAAUGGUUCUUCUAUUACAUUGUGUAGUAGCACCUUUAUUUUUAUUUUUCCAUGAAUACGGUGCAUUUUGUGUCCCAUUAGUUGCUUUAUAUGCCUUUAAAUCCCUUUAACUGCACAUUUUAAAUUUGAACCUCAGUUUAUGUACACAUCAGAACCUAAAAUGGUUUACAGUGCAUGAAGAUGUACAUUUUGUCAGUAUGCUGGGUUCUUUUUAACAAACCCAGCUGGUGGGUUAUAAAUUGCUGGGUCAAAUAUAAACAAAUAUCAAAUAUUUCUGGGUUAAUUUAAACCAACUUCUGGGUUGGUCUCUUUUUGGCCCAACACUGGGUUUUUAGAUGUAUGUGUUCCCUGGAAAUCAAAUCCAUAAGCCUUUAGUGAAAGAAAACAUUUCCCCUCAAAAAAAAAUGUAACAAAUUAUUUUGUUUAGUUUCUGGGCCUGUUUUGUACCCUAGUCAUGGAAAGUGCCUAAUAAAUUCAAUUAUUUCUACACAUCCAACAUGUUAAUAUACCAUGAUGGUUUGGAAAAGUAAAUGAAUUGUCAAAUGAUCAAACUGACAUAUCAGAGAUAGAUUAAUAGAAUGGGAGUUUAAUAUUAAGUGAUUAGAAUAUGAAUAAGAGCAUGCAUGUGUUUUAAUAUGACCCCAGUUUCAUUCUCUCAUGCUUGUGUUAACAAGGACUGUACUUCAUACUAUGAGGAAUUUUAUUUUGUCAUACAUUUUUAUAGUUUCAUUCAUCUUUUCAUAAUGUAAAAUACAGAAGAGAAAUAUAUGAUUUAUGUGCUUUGUCCCAUAGUGAAUUCUUCACAAGAUUUUGUGUAGAAUUUUUGUAAGUGGUUAUUUUUUUUUGUACAUUGUUAUUUUUACACAAUAUUAUCAAAUAAAAACA